GUUGUCUCCUCUAUUUUAGCUGGCAAGCCAAAGCCUGUCCUGACCCGGGAGCCUGCAGGAGAGAUAUUUGAAGGAGACACAGUGACUCUGAGCUGUGUGGUUGAGGGGGGCUCUGAUGGCUGGAGCUAUCUCUGGUACAAAGACAGUCAGAGAACUUCAGCACCUCAGACUGACAGCAGCAGUGGAACUGGAGCCGGAUACACAAUCAGUGCUGCUGCUCUGUCCCACAGUGGAGAGUACUGGUGUCGAGCUAGAAGGGGGAGCAAACCGUUUAACUCACAAUACAGCAAUGCUGUCAAUAUACAAGUAUCAAAACGACCCCAGGCUGUCCUGACCCAGGAGCCUGCAUGGACACAGAUAUACGAAUCAGAGAGAAUUACACUGAGAUGUCAGGUUCCGGGGGAUUACACUGACUGGAGCUUCACAUGGUACAAAGAUGGGAGGAAUGCUCCAGUAACCCAGGAUUCCUACAGCAGUAUAGAUGGUGACAGCUACACAAUUAGCUCUGAUGCUCAAUACCACAGUGGGGAAUAUACCUGUAAAGGUGUAAGGACAGGUAACCCAUCGUACUCUACAAUCAGCAAUAGUCUUACACUGAGAGUAUCAGCUGGCAAGCCAAAGCCUGUCCUGACCCGGAAGCCUGCAGGAGAGAUAUUUGAAGAAGACAAAAUCACUCUGAGCUGUGUGGUUGAGGGGGGCUCUGAUGGCUGGAGAUAUCUCUGGUACAAAGACAGUCAGCACAGUACUUCAGUGUACCAGACUGACAGCAGCAGUGGAACUGGAGCCGGAUACACAAUCAGUGCUGCUGCUCUGUCCCACAGUGGAGAGUACUGGUGUCGAGCUGAAAGAAGGAGUAACCCAUUUAACUCAGACUACAGCAAUGCUGUCAAUAUACAAGUAACAGAGCGGUUCAGCACACCCACUCUGACAGUGAUGCCUCGUGCCUCAGUGUGGGAGGGAGAGGCUGUGACUCUGCAGUGUGGGGUUCAGAUAUAUAAACAGGGCACACAGCUGCAGUACCGCUAUAUCAAAGACAAUGGGGAUCUGAGUGGAGCUGGAUCACGGGAUCAGUACUCAAUCCCAGCAGCAGGGCUGAGAGACACAGGGAGCUACCAGUGUGAGGUGGAGGCAGCAGGGACGGGGCUGAAGAAAAGGAGUGAUUCUGUGAGGCUUUCUGUGAGAGCUGGCAAGCCAAAGCCUGUCCUGACCCGGGAGCCUGCAGGAGAGAUAUUUGAAGAAGACAAAAUCACUCUGAGCUGUGUGGUUGAGGGGGGCUCUGAUGGCUGGAGAUAUCUCUGGUACAAAGACAGUCAGGGAACUUCAGCACCUCAGACUGACAGCAGCAGUAAAACUGGAGCCGGAUACACAAUCAGUGCUGCAGCUCUGUCCCACAGUGGAGAGUACUGGUGUCGGGCUGGAAGGGGGAGCAAACCGUUUAACUCACAAUACAGCAAUGCUGUCAAUAUACAAGUAUCAAAACAACCCCAGGCUGUCCUGACCCAGGAGCCUGCAUGGACACAGAUAUACAAAUCAGAGAGCGUGACACUGAGAUGUCAGGUUCCGGGGGAUUACACUGAAUGGAGAUUCACAUGGUACAAAGCUGGGAGGAAUGCUCCAGUAACCCAGGAUUACUACGGCAGUAUAGAUGGUGACAGCUACACAAUUAGCUCUGCUACUAGAGACCACAGUGGAGAAUAUACCUGUAAAGGUGUAAGGACAGGCAACCCAUCGUACUCUACAAUCAGCAAUAGUCUUACACUGAGAGUAUCAGCUGGCAGGCCAAAGCCUGUCCUGACCCAGGAGCCUGCAGGAGAGAUAUUUGAAGGAGACACAGUGACUCUGAGCUGUGUGGUUGAGGGGGGCUCUGAUGGCUGGAGAUAUCUCUGGUACAAAGACAGUCAGAGAACUUCAGCACCUCAGACUGACAGCAGCAGUGGAACUGGAGCCGGAUACACAAUCAGUGCUGCUGCUCUGUCCCACAGUGGAGAGUACUGGUGUGGAGCUGGACGGGGCAGGAACACGUUUUACUCAGAAUACAGCCCAGGUGUGAAGAUACAAGUAUCAGAGGUUCGUCCCAAGGCUGUCCUGACCCUGCAUCCUGCCUGGACACAGAUAUUCCCAGCAGAUACAGUCACCCUGAGGUGUGAGGUGGAGGGGGGAUCUGCUGGCUGGGGGUUUAAACAGUACAGAGAUGGACGUGAAGAGGCAGGGUGCAGUGAUCAAUACAGCAGGAGAUAUGGGGACAGCUGCACAAUCAGUACCGCUCAGUAUAACCACAGUGGAGUGUACUGGUGUGAGUCUGCAUCAGGACAGGAGCGCAGUAAUGCUGUCAACCUAACUGUGUCCAAUCAAUGGGUGAUCCUGCAGACUCCCCUCCAGCCUGUGAUUGAGGGAGACUCUCUGACUCUGAGGUGUCGUGUCCGCACAAAUUAUACAUUUACCAGGAUUGUCUUUUUUAAAGAUAAUGAAGAGAUUCAGUCCCAGAAUAACAAAGAGCUGAGUGUGGAUCGUGUUUCAAAGAGUGACGAGGGGUCCUACAAGUGCAGAGCGAUGUGGAUCUCCUCCACUUACUCUGGUGACUCUGCAGAGGUGCAGGUGUCAGUGAGAGAGCUGUUCUCCAGGGUGACUCUGACAGCCUCUCCAGGAGCCACAGUGAAGGAGGGAGAGGCUCUUAACCUGACCUGUGAGGCAGCAGUGAACAAAACCCCCCGCCCUCAACUCCACUACACCAUUGUGAGAGACGGGGAGCCUGUGACUAACAGCACUGACUCUGCACUGUACAGCAUAGCCAGCACUGAGAAGAGCCACACUGGGAGCUACACGUGUGCUGUGGAGUCACAGGGAGUGAAGAGGAGCAGCCAGGAGCUACACAUUGAAGUGGAAACGUCCUGGCACAGCGCUGUUGCUAUUGGCUACAGAGUGAGCUUCACUCUGAUUCAUUUCAUUGUGUUCACUCUGCUGCUCCUUCAAUACUGCAGGAUCCAAGGUUCCCUGUGUAUUGCUGGUGGUACAUCACGGAAAACCUCGGAUCAGGAUCAGGAGCAGUCAGCAGAGAGGAUUGAGCUCUGCAGCCGUGUGCAGCACACUGGAGUGGAACUGCAAUAGUAUUGCACUGUCGUACUGAAGAGCAGCCUGAAUGCAUUGUCUUAGAACUGCUGUGAAUAUCUGUUCAAACUGCGGCUGUAGUUUACAGAAAAUGACCAUUGACUGGGGUAUUUUCUGAGACCUCAAAACAAAUGGAUUAUUCAUUGAUUGUUUGAUUUAAUUCAUUUAUUUAAUAGAUUGCUUGAUUGCACAGUGUAACUUGAAGUGCAUUACUGAACAAUGUAUGUAUUCAUAAGCUAUCCUUUAGUCAAUAAACUGCUAUAUUUUA